AUGCCUGCCAAAAUUUGUGUGAUAGGUGCCGGAGCAAGUGGUCUGACCGCCACAAAAACAUGUCUUGAAAAUGGCUUACAAGUGGUAUGCUUCGAGAAAUCCUGCGAUAUUGGUGGAUUGUGGCGAUAUAAAUCGCAACCUUGUCCUGGCGAGGGUACGGUGAUGAAACAUACAACAAUCAAUACAUCAAAGGAGAUGACAGCUUUCAGCGAUUUUGUUCCACUACCUGAGAUGCCUAAUUUCAUGAGUCACGUACAAUUGUUGGCAUAUUUUCGAUCUUAUGCUAAUCAUUUUCAUUUGUUAGAACACAUUAAUUUGAAACACGAAGUGACACGUAUUGAAAGGGAUGAAAAAUAUGAAGAAACUGGCCGAUGGAAUGUUACGUAUAACAUUAUCAAGUAA